GAGUUAUUGAGCUUUCACAAUAAAAUUGAUCUGUCUGAAUUCAAAAAAUCAAUAAAAUAAGUAAAAUACAGACAAUAUCUUCAUUGCAACAGAUGCACAUUUGCAAUUCAAUACAAAUACAGAUUACUAUGACAAAAGACUAACUAGUGGAAUCUAAUGAAAAUACAACAAUAAGGCAAACAAUUACAACAUAUAUGGACAGACAUACAGUUAAAACCGAAGACUGUCAAUAAGCAAGACAAAGGAAAAAGCAAUUAAUUAUAUUGUAAAUAAGAUAAAUGACUUAAACAAAACUAAAAAGCAAAAGACAUCACAAAUAAGACAGACAGAUCAAACCUAAGGGUCACUUUCAACUAGAAAGACUGCCAUGAAAACAUAAAAGGCGAUAAAAAUCAAUGAUUUUGGUAAUAAGCAAUUAAAAAUAUUAACCCGUGAAAAUAAAAAUUAACAGUGGCUCCUAAAGUGAAAUACCUGUGCAACAACUUUAACAAGAUGGAUGGGUGGAUGAAAGCUGUUGCAAUUUUUAGUAUAUUACAAAUACUAAUAUUGAUUAUCGAUUUUAUAAAAGGAUACUUCCAUCUAGGAGUGUCAGGUAGUUCCAUCUAUUUAGUGGAAUCAGAUGCACAUCUCGGACUUGCUGUUGGAUAUAUUGUAACUGUGCUGUUCAUGCUCCUAACUGGCGUAAUAUAUGCCCUGUAUAGAUUGGAGAAAAAAGAACAGACGAGGCGACACAUGGAAAAAGUGUGUUUCGUAACUGAAUGUUCAAGUUCCGACACAGAAAAAUCACAUAGGAUACAGAUUGAUGAUGCUUCUACGCCAAACAGUAAUGUGAAAAAUAAUGGUGUAUUUGCCACAUAGUUUUACACCAUGGUGCCAUAGAAUAUAUUACUUAAGGCAGGCUUCGUAAGAUGAAUUUCAAACAUGUAAUGUGAAAGGUCAUAGUUAACUAGUCAGAUUACUCAUUCUAUUGUGCCUUAAUAUAUAAUAACAAGACCAAGUGCAAUAUUUGUACCAUAUCGAUAUAGUCUAUAUACUGGUUCAUGUAUACAUACAUGAUGUGAUAUUUUAUGUC